AUGUCGACAUGCAGGCAAAACUUGAAUAGCGUGGCGAGAGCGCUCCCCCGGUCCUCUCUGCACCGCUGCGCACCACAACUCAGCCAUCGUCGAGCCUACGCUGUGCCUUCAUCCGCCGCCCCGCGCUUCCAAGUCUUCAACCGCCGGACGAAAUGGCUUCAGAAGGAGCGCGCCGGAGCCAAUGCUGAGCAGGGCAGGGAGGCUGACUACCUCAAGGACGAGGUUGCUAUGCGCGUGGCGGAAAGACUACUGGACAUCAAUCGACACUUCCCCAAGGUGCUCGACCUCGGCGCCAACAGCUGCAACAUUGCCCGCGCCCUCACGGCCGAAACCCCGGACCCCAACCCCGCCAAGCCCGAGUCCGCGCCGCUGUCCGCGCGCAUCGGCGAGCUCACCGCCGUCGACUCCUCCGAGACGCUGCUGUACCGCGACGCCGACCUCGCCUUCAACCGGGAGCUCUCCAUCACGCGCCGCGUGCUCGACGACGACGAGGAGUCGCCGCUGCCCUUCGCCCCGGCCUCGUUCGACCUCGUCCUCAGCUCGCUCUCCCUGCACUGGGUCAACGACCUGCCCGGCGUGCUCGCGCAGGUCAACAGCCUGCUGCGGCCGGACGCGCCCUUCAUCGGCGCCAUGCUCGGCGGCGACAGCCUCUUCGAGCUGCGCACCUCGCUGCAGCUGGCCGACCUGGAGCGCCGCGGCGGCAUCGCGCCGCACGUCUCCCCGCUGGCCGACGUGCGCGAUGUUGGCGGCCUGCUGCAGCGCGCGGGGUUCAAGAUGCUGACCGUCGACGUGGACGACAUCGUCGUUGACUACCCGGACACCUUUGCGCUCAUGCAGGACCUGCAGGCCAUGGGCGAGGGCAACGCCAUCCUCGGCAGGGAGAUGGGGCCGAUCGGCCGCGACGUCCUGCUGGCCAACGACGCCAUCUACCGCGAGCUGCACGGCAACGAGGACGGCUCGAUCCCGGCCACGUUUAGGAUCAUUUACAUGAUUGGCUGGCGAGAAGGCGAGAACCAGCCUCAGCCUCUGGCCAGAGGGUCCGGACAGGCGAGCUUGAAGGAUCUCCUGGAGCAGAAAUAG